GCGCUGGGUUUCCGAUGAUCUCCGAAGUGAAGUGCUGCUCUCAGGAAGAUCCGGGUGCUGCUGGACUUCUCAACAUAAACAGCAAUGGCGGAGGCAGCAGCAGCGUCCACGGCGGCUCCGGCGAUAACAGGAGGCUGGACCAAGAACGUUACCUGCAGGUAUUUCAUGCAUGGGCUCUGCAAAGAAGGCAACAACUGUCGAUACUCCCACGACCUGGCCAGCACCUCCACCCUCUCCGUCGGCGUGUCCCUCCCCAGGUUCGAGCACUCCGAGCCCCCCCAGCAGGACGACGUGAAGGGGUCCCCGGGGUCGCCGCUGCCCUCCGCCGCCCAGCCCCGCCCCCCCGCCGGCGCCCCCGACCCACCAGAGGGCGCCGCGGGGGCCGUGGGCUGGGUCAACGCCGCCGAGUUCGUGCCGGGACAGCCCUACUGCGGCCGGGCGGAGCCCGGUGAAGGGGAGGGGCCCCAGGCCGUCUCCAAGGAAACGGAGAAGGAGGCGGGCCCGGAGGAAAAGGAGCGCCGGAAGCAGCUGUGUCCGUACGCCGCCGCCGGCGAGUGCCGCUACGGCGUCAACUGCGCCUAUCUCCACGGCGACGUGUGCGACAUGUGCGGCCUGCAGGUGCUCCACCCGACCGACAACGCCCAGCGGUCGGACCAUACCAAGGCCUGCAUCGAGGCGCACGAGAAGGACAUGGAGAUCUCGUUCGCCGUCCAGCGCAGCAAGGACAUGAUGUGCGGCGUGUGCAUGGAGGUGGUGUUCGAGAAGACCAACCCCAGCGAGCGGCGCUUCGGCAUCCUGUCCAACUGCAGCCACUGCUACUGCCUCAAGUGCAUCCGCAAGUGGAGGAGCGCCAAGCAGUUCGAGAGCAAGAUCAUCAAGUCUUGCCCAGAGUGUCGGAUUACAUCCAACUUCGUCAUCCCGAGUGAGUACUGGGUAGAGGACAAAGAAGACAAGCAGAAGCUGAUCCAGAAAUACAAGGAUGGCAUGGGGACCAAGUCGUGCCGGUACUUCGACGAGGGCCGGGGCACCUGCCCGUUCGGCUCCAACUGCUUCUACAAGCACGCCUUCCCGGACGGCAGGUUGGAGGAGGCCCAGCCCCAGCGGCGGCAGGCUGGCUCCAACGGGAGGAACCGGAGUGGGCGGCACAUACCCCUCUGGGACCUCCUGGACGAGCGGGAGAGCUCAGACUCUCUGGACAACGAGGACGAGGAGAUGGUGACCUUCGAGCUCAGCGAGAUGCUGCUGAUGCUGCUGGCCGCCGGCGCCGACGAGGACGAGGACGUCACCGACUCGGAGGACGAGUGGGACUUGUUUCACGAAGAGCUCGACGACAUCUACGAGAUCUACCUAUAGCUGGCCCCUGGCCCCGCCCCCAAAAUCCCCCAAUAGCCCCGCCCCCAAAUCCUUAAAAUUACGACAUCUUUACCCUCCCCCUCCCCCCCCCCCCCCGACACCUCAAUUAUGCUAGGCACUAGAAUGAACUGUCUUGUGAGAGUAAUGAACAGUAGCACUCCCCCCCCCCCCCCUCUCCCCCAAUCUCCCUCCCUACUCUCCCCCCUCCUCACCCUUGUGUUGUGACUGUGCCUUUUUAGGAAGGCCAAAUGAAAAUGAUCCAUGAAUUGAAUAAAACGUAUAAAAUACACACAAAAAAAACCAGACGAAAUUCUAGAAACAAGGGUCAAAUAAACCAGAGCAGCUGCCGCAGUCACACACAAAGCAAACCCACCUUUUGUAGACCAAAUCCUAUACCCUGAAUCCAUUACAAUGUGUGGUUCGUUACUCAAGGAAGAAACCCUGUCCUGAAUCCAUUAUGUGUGGUUCGUUAAUACAAGGCAGAAUAACAUUAACAUAAGCUGGGGGGGGGGAGGGGUGGGGGGGAAGGCGAACUGACAUAGAAAAUUAACAAAGUUAAAUUUUAUUAUUUUGAAUAUUGCUUCAGAAAUUAUUAUCAAGUUUAUUCGUGUGGGUUCGACCUCGUUUGUUGUUUACCCAGGCACUUUCAUGUACAUAGUUUUUCUUGAGAAUGGGUCUGUUUGCGGGGGGGGGGGGGGGGGAAGGGGGUACAGAGGUGACCCGUUGGCACACUGACCGCUGUGGUUAGUCCUGGAGAUGGCUGCGGUCGUGUCCACCACCACCACCUCCUCCUCCUCCUCCUCCACCUCCUCCACCCUCUCCUCUUCAUGCACUGAUCUGAGCUGGGGCGGUGAAGUCAGGUUCACAAAUUGUAACGCACAACUGCACUCUUUUCAUCGGCCCCACUGCCUCCCUGUCCCGUCUCCUACGCCUCCUCAGGGGGGGAGAGAGCGACCGGUCAAACUGGAGUCCUCCUCUUUAUUAUCAUUUUCAAGUCCACAUCUGUCUGUCUGUGUGUCUGUCUGUCUGUCCCGUUCCACCCUGUUCCCGGGUUCGCCUGAGGUAAACCCUUUAGUCCCUGAUCAGACGCGUCGGCAACGCGCGCGACGGGCGACUGUUGUGAUUUGGAUGCUUUGACAUCAGCCGACUUAAAAUGCAGAAGAUGACUAUUUCCCCCUCCCCCCUCCCUCUCCACCUCCACCACCACCACCUCGCCCCGUUCACCCGUCUACGAAUUGUAGAUAACUUUCUAUUUGCUUCAGUGAUCGAUUGCAUAUUAAGCCCUGCUGACAGAAUACUCAAACUGCACAAAGUCUACUAGCUGGUCCGAAUCUGUUGAAGUCCAUCUGGAAUGCAUAUGUUUAUACUGAAAUGUGUGUUUUCUAUGUCCCACCACCAUCAUCCAUCUUAACUUGAAAUUAAAGUUUAUUAUCAACUA